UUCUAACCUCCUGGCACCUGCUCACAACUGCCCAAGUGAUCACUGAAGCAGUGCCACCCUUAGUGGCUGAAGGAGAUGACGUCCUUUUCCUAGUGCAUGAUCUGCCAAAGAAAAUUAAAGCCUUAACCUGGUUCAAAGGUCUAACAAAUACGACACAAGACAUUGCAACAUAUGAUCUGCACAACAAUUUCAGUCAGCCAGGGUCCAUGCACAGUGGUAGAGAGACAAUAUAUCACAAUGGAUCCCUGCUGCUGGAAAAGGCUAACCUGAAGGACACAGGAUUCUAUACCCUACGAACCUACAAUAGACUUGGAAAAAUCUUAACAACAGCAUUCCUGUACCUCCGUGUGCACAGUUUCUUUUGGAAGUGUGGGUGCGUUGCUACCUGUGCCCAGCUCACUAUUGAAUCAGUGCCACCCAGCGUUGCUGAAGGGAGGAGCGUUCUUUUACUCAUUCGCAACCCCCCAGAGAACAUUGUACAAUUUGUCUGGUUCAAAGGAAUGGUUGACUUCAGGAACCUUUUGGCUAUUCGGAAUAUAACGGGCAGGGAACCAACUGUGUGGGGUCCUGCGUACAGUGGCAGGGAGAUGCUGUACAGUGAUGGAUCCCUGCUGAUUCACAGUGUCACUCAGAGAGACCCCGGACUGUACACCCUACGGAUUCUGAGGGCAGAUAUGAGAAGCGAAGAAGCACAAGUUCAGCUCCAGGUGGACAGUGGACGCAUGGGCCCUUAG